AAAUCAUCCCCUCUUUCACCCACUUUAUCUGUCUCGCUCCCCAGCGGGACUAUUAUGCCUUUUUUCCCCCCUAAAACAAUGAAUUAGAUCUUCAGAUCCCUGCUUGCCUUUGCUCGCUCCAUCCUCAAAGGUUCAAAGGCUCUGCAUAAAUAGCAUUUGUGAGGGAGAUACAAGAGUGCAGAUGACCAAAGACAUGGACUGAGGGAUUGUGGGUAAAACAGUGGGUGUGAGCGGGCGGUUAGAGGUGCAGGCUAGGGUCCACGUUUGCUCAGGGAUGUGGCACCGGUUCGGAUCCGGUCCUGAGGGCAUGGAGCUGUUCUCAGUGAUGGCUGAGCGAUCAGUCGUGGCCAACGUUGCUUCUCUGCUGGCACGGAGGUUGUAUUAUGUUGGGGGAAGUGUGGCCGUGCCACAAAAGUGCCGUCUGACUUAUCUGGUUGAGCGAUGUAUGAGUGUGAUGCAGUCAGGCACUCAGAUGGUGAAACUGAAGAAUGGCUCCAAGGGCCUGGUUCGCCUCUUCUACCUGGAUGAGCAUCGCUCUUGUAUCCGCUGGAGGCCUUCCCGCAAGAGUGAGAAAGCCAAGAUCACCAUUGACUCGCUUUACAAGGUUACCGAAGGUCGACGGAGUGAUAUCUUCCAUCGGCACGCCGACGGGAACUUCGACCCCGGAUGCUGUUUCACCAUUUACCAUGGCAACCACAUGGAUUCUCUGGACUUGGUGACAUCCAAUGCAGAGGAAGCAAGGACGUGGGUGACGGGACUCAGAUACCUGAUGGCGGGCAUCAGUGAUGAGGACUCAUUGGCCAAAAGGCAACGAACCCAUGACCAAUAUCCUUUAUAUGAGUUGUGUGGAUGGUGGAUGAAGCAGACAUUUGAGGAGGCUGACAAGAAUGGAGAUGGGCUUUUGAACAUUGAUGAGAUCUACCAGCUGCUCCACAAGAUGAACGUCAACCUGCCCCGUCGCAAAGUGAAGCAGAUGUUCCAGGAAGCAGAUACAGAUGACCAGCAGGGAACACUAACGUUCGAGGAGUUCAGCGUGUUCUACAAGAUGAUGUCUUUAAGGCGAGACCUCUUUCUGCUCCUCAUGUGCUUCAGCGAGAAGAAAGAUCACCUGACAGCCGAGGAGCUUGGCAACUUCCUGCGGGUGGAGCAAAAGAUGUCUGAUGUGACAACUGAGUUCUGCCUGGACAUCAUUGACAAGUUUGAAUUGUCUGAAGAAAACAAGCAGAAGGGCAUCCUGGGUAUCGAAGGUUUCACUAAUUUCAUGCGCAGUCCAACAUGUGACGUCUUUAACCCUCAGCAUAAUGAAGUUAAUCAGGACAUGGACCAGCCGCUGUGUAAUUACUACGUUGCUUCCUCUCACAAUACCUAUCUGACUGGAGACCAGCUCCUCUCACACUCCAAGACCGAUAUGUACGCCUGGGUCCUGCAGGCCGGCUGCCGCUGUGUGGAAGUGGACUGUUGGGAUGGUCCAGACGGUGAACCCAUGGUACAGCAUGGAUACACCCUCACCUCCAAAAUCACCUUCAAAUCGGUCAUCGAGACCAUCGACAAAUAUGCCUUCAUCAACAACGAAUACCCAGUCAUCCUGUCCAUCGAGAACCACUGUAGUGUCCAGCAGCAAAAGAAGAUCGCUCAACACCUGAAAGAGAUCUUUAAGGAGAAGCUGGACUUGGAAGACAUCUUGAACAAGGACUCCAAACAGCUGCCCAGUCCCAACAGUCUGAAGGGCAAGAUCUUAAUUAAGGGGAAGCGUCUGCCCCCGUAUCUGUCUGCAGAUGCCGAGGAGGGGGAGGUUUCAGACGAUGAUAGUGCAGAUGAGAUUGAGGAUGAUUUCAAGCUGAAGAACAGCACAUCUAAUGGAUCCACACAACACAUGGUCGAGUCCCAAAUCAGGAAGAAGCUGGACUCAUUGCUGAAGGAGUCUCAGAUUGUAGAUAAGGAGGAGACAGACAGCUUCUCUAUCCGAGCGCUGUUCCGAGCUACAAAUGAGGGGCUGCACAAGAACCUGAGCAAGACUUCCAAAGACGGCCUAAAGAAGUCUCAGAGUCGAUCCUUUAUAAGCAACCUCAAGCAGAAGAGGCACUCCAAAUCAAGACUGAAAUGUCAGAGCGUGGACACAGAUGACGAUGGACAGGAGACAGGAGGACAGUUCAACAGGGGUGGUCGGAGGAGGAAAACAAUAAAGCUAAGCCGAGACCUGUCUGAUUUGGUCAUCUUUACCAAUUCUGUGGUGUCUCAGGAGUGUCUGGAUGAGGGCCCUGUUGUUAACGUACUGUCAUUCAGCGAGACACGGGCACAACAGCUGGCGCACCACCGGUCCGAACGCUUUCUGAACUUUAACCAGCGGCAGCUCUCACGAAUUUACCCCUCUGCCUACCGCAUUGACUCCAGCAACUUUAACCCCCAGACAUACUGGAACGUGGGCUGCCAACUGGUGGCCCUGAACUAUCAGACAGAAGGCCGAAUGAUGCAGCUAAACAGGGCGAAGUUCAUGGUGAAUGGAGGAAGUGGCUACGUCUUGAAACCUCCACCCAUGUGCAAAGGAUCCUUUAAUCCGUACAGCGAUGACCCUCUUCCGGCAUAUCCUAAAAAACAGCUGGUGCUGAAAAUCAUCAGCGGGCAACAGCUCCCUAAACCACCUGACUCCAUGCUGGGUGAUCGAGGGGAGAUUAUUGAUCCUUUUGUGGAGGUGGAGAUCAUUGGUCUUCCAGUGGACUGCUGUAAAGAACAGACCCGGGUUGUUGAUGAUAAUGGUUUUAACCCAGUAUGGGAGGAAACCCUAUCGUUCACUCUGCACAUGCCUGAGAUUGCAUUAGUACGCUUUCUAGUAUGGGAUCAUGAUCCUAUUGGGCGAGACUUUGUGGGCCAGAGGACAGUCGCAUUCACCAGCCUCAUGCCAGGUUAUAGACACGUCUAUCUGGAGGGGAUGAUGGAGGCAUCCAUCUUUGUCCAUAUCUCAGUGCAUGAAAUCUAUGGCAAGUGGAGUCCCCUAGUCCUCAAUCCCAGCUAUACAAUAUUGCACUUUCUAGGAGCUAACAAGGGUCGUCAGUUACGGGGUUUUCGGGGUCUGUUCAGCAAGGGCUCCAAGUCUUCUGUGGACACACAAUUUGGUAUUCUACCACGUAAACGCUCUUUAAGUAACCACCUGCUACGCAGGACGGCUAGUGCUCCUGCCAAGGGACGCAAGAAGACUAAAAUGGUACUGUCCGAAACCUCACUGGACAAGGAGGAAAGCAGCAAUGGGGAUCUCAAACAACCAGCUAUAGAGAAGAGAGUGGGUCCCAGGAUGGGCCUCCAGCACCGGCCGGCCUCCAUGCCUCUGGAGAGGCUCCUACAGGGUCGGCUUACUGUGUCCUCCUCUGAAAACGACGGACCCGACACUGGUGCCAGCACUAUAAUUGAUUUAUUUUUGGAGAAGACAAGAUCUGCGUCUGUGGAUCUCCUUAUUGAAACUGAAGUCCCUGAUGACAAUACUCACCGUACACAACAGUGGAGAACCACUGAGUAUGUAGAAACAGAUGAAACGUCCUACUUCGUUAUAGGAGGAUGUGGUGAAACUAGCACUGAUGUCCUUACAGAACCCCUCAGGCAUAGUUUGACCAUGCAAACCAAAACUCCUUCUCAAAGGCCCACAGAAGGUCAUUCGAGUCUCUUGGAUCAACCCGACUGUCUUGUUAAUUUGCAGACGGAGAUCCACCAAUGUGAAGCUCCUAAAUGUCACAAAACAUCCAAAGCAGCUUCACAUUCUUUCUCUUCCUCUUCAGCCACCAAUGCCAUAUCUCCCCUUCUACCCACAUUGCAUCAGACUAACCAUCAGGAUCAGAAGUCACUUCAGGACAGUGCUCUCUCUCACCUCAUUGAUGCUGUGUCCCUAGGUAAUGAGUAUGACACAUGUGGGUCCAUAUCAGCUCUUAUUAAUCAGUUUGAAGUUACUGCUGAACAGAAUAACUUAAAUUUGGGGUCCCAACCCCCUCAAUUGUCUGUUCCACCAAUGAACAACCAACUAUUCAGCACCCCACAAAAAAUUAUCCAAGACUCGUCUCAACAGCAUGUUGAAAAACACCUCCCUUGUAGUCCUGAAACCACUGAAUCAACUGUCUUCACAAUUCUAGAUGAGCAAGUGCUUUCUCCUGUUUCUGUGUAUGACAUUCCUGAAAAGACUAUCUGCAAAAACUUAGAUAACUUGGAGUGUAUGUCCCCAGGUGGCAGCAACGGUUCCCCUCUUACCAAGAUAUCUUUUGGAGGAAAAGUAGAAAAAAACGGGGGUUGGGAAUUUCAUAGAGAUAAAAGCUACAAGCCCCAGUGCCAGUCCCCUGAGUUUUCAAAAAACUGGGAAUACGGUUGUUACAAAGACAUUUCGAUAAACAGCACAGCCUCAGAACGUUUCCUUAUCUGUCAUGACUCUGCUAACAGCAGCUUAAUGGAGGUGGAGGUCAACGUGGAUGGAGAACCUUUGGACACAACUUUGACUCUAGUACCAUCACGUCAUGAGUCAGUACAGAAUUCUCUUUAUUUACCCACCUCAGCGAGCAAACUUUCAUAUAAACCCACGGAGUCAUCUUUGUUCCAUAGUUCAUCCCCACACGAGCCUUUUGUCUCCAGCACUCCUCAGCAUGACUGCCCAACCAACCAGUCCCAGACAAAGCAUUGUAACAGAAGUAAUGCUACCAUAUCCAGACAUUUUAAGCCUGGUAGGUACAAUGGGGUCACUCAUAGCAACAGGCACUGUCAGACAAGGAACAAGAAUGGUAUGAUUUUCAAGACACAGCACUUCCAGAAUGGGUUUUCUUCCUCAGAAUGUCUUUUAAGGACUCAAGACAUCAACUCUCAACCACAGAAUGACUCCUACAUGCCUGGGUCUGAUUGUAAUAUGAUCUAUAGCUCUGUGGAAUACAGAGAUACCUUUGUUCCACCAAAGCAAUCUUCUAAGUCCUUGCAACAAAACCAGGCUUUGAAACCUACCCAUUCUGAGAUAUACAAAGGGAUCUACCUUGUUGGAUCUCCAGUCCCAACAGCUCCAAGUCCAUGUAAGUCCAAGAGCUUGGGUGACUUAACAUCUGAGGAUAUCUCAUGCAACUUCCAGAGCAAAUACAAAGUCAUCAGUCGCAGCUUCAUCACUCCAGCCAUGCGAGACCAGAAAUGGAUGUGUGGCCAGGCCAAUCAGCAACAGGCUUCAGAUCCCCUGACAGAGCAGCUUCGUAAACUGGUAACUUUAGAUGAGGUGGACUCCCACUCCAUUACCCAUCAAUUGCAACCUACCCCAAAGUCUCUCUCAGUGUUCCCACCAGUGCCACUGAAUUCUGUCAUUUCCUCAGAGGACUCGAAUGACCCUCCUCCAUUCCUGUCACGAAAGCUUUCCUCACGUAGUCAGAGUCGUGUACGUCACAUAGCCAAUCGUGCCCGCGAAAAGCAGCAGGAAGCACUCAAAUUACGACCUGCAGGGGGUAAUCCUGAUGUGGUCCUCCGCAAUAAGGCAGUCUCUUCUCAAAAUCCCCUCAUCAAUAGGCAUUCCACUGGUUCAUAUAUUGCUGGGUACUUGGAGCAGGUAGGGAUGGAGACCCGUGGCCUGCCUGAGGGAUCCUGCAGGACACUUUGCUAUGGGUACCAUGAUCAGUAUUAUGCUGAUGACUCUGUGAUCCCUGAUAAUCCCAGUCCUCUCUCUGAGCCUGAGGUCUACUUCCUUCUAAGGCUUUGAAAUUAUCUUCCUGAUUUGCCUGUAUACAAACCUGCUGCCACUGUGGCUUUCCUUCCAGUUUUUAAAUACUUCUCAGACCACAAGGCUGUACUUGUGCUUUCAGAAUACAUACUACCAGCUCCCCUUCAGUGAAAAAUAGUGUACUCUUAAGCACAAGUACAGAUUAAAAAAAAAUCUAAAUCAAAGCUUCCAGUAUUGUGUAAAUAUUGCCAUAUAUCCUGGACAAGCAAGUUUCUGUCUUAGAUGCACUACACCAAAUUAGUCCAAGUCAAGCUUUUAAAUGUUGUUUGCAAUAUGUAUUGUAGAAAUAACAAGUUUAAUGAUGGUUGUUUUCUUAAGCCAUUUCUCUUUUGGUGUUUUGGUCUUUUGUUUGUCUCUUUUUAAAUGGUUAUUAAUUGAUUAGAGGGGCUUCCAUUCUGAAAUAUAUCAUUUGUUCACGUUUCUUGUAUCUCUUUUUGUUAUUUGUCUAUGGUGUUUGUAUAUACAUUGACAUAUUUGCCAAAUUUGCCCUUAUUUACGGCCCUAUGGGUUUUAAAUUCGAAAAUAUGUGUUGUUACAGCAUGUGAACUGUGGACAUAUUCAGCAUGACUAUGCACAGAUAAUAAGUAGACGUGUCUGUGCCCUGUUUACGUAAAACUUUGACUCCUUUCCAGUACAAGAAAAAAUACCUGCAUAUCUGGUUUUGCUUACUCUUUCUUUUAGGCAUGAAUUCAUUGGUUAUAAACACUACUUCAGUUGCAAGGAAAAAAACCCUGUGAGGUUAAAGUUUUUAUUUUUGUAAUUGUUUUGAUACAGAUAGCAAAAAAAAAAAAAAGACACUUGAUGGUCUGAUUAUUUUCUUUCUUUUAAAAAGGAAAAACAUUUCACAAUACUAGCACAACUAGCUUGAGACAGUUACAUGUAUGGGUUAUUAAUUGAAGAAGUUGUAUUUUUACUUUUCUGCGUUAAAGGGCAUUCAAUUUUUCUUUUUAUUUUUGCUCAUGAAAUGCUCCUGAGCAUUUUCUUACCAAUGCAAUAAAGUAAUGUUUGUCAUUAAAUGAAUCAGUGUGUUUCAAUUCAAUUGUAUUUGUAUGGUGCUUUUAAAAUUGGACAUAGUCACGAAGCAGCUUUACAGUCACACAACUUAACUACACCUAGCUACUGUAAUAAAGAGUACAGGUUUGUGGUUUUAUUAAAAACAAACAAACAAAAAAAAAACAAACAAAAAAAACCACAAUGUAGCAGAGAAACAAAGGAGCUAGGCAAUACUCUGAAAUGUGAAUCGAGCAAAAGGUCAGUUCAUUGCCAAAAAAGCAUAAACUAGACAUUAAAUCAAUAAACGUGAAGCAAUCAUGACGAAGGCUUGGGAAAGAUCACAGACAAGACUCUGGAGUGGGACUUUGCAAAAUAAUGCUCGAUGUACUAUUGAAAUACUGUUCAUCUUAAAGCAUAUUAUUCACUACCCUUAAAGAAAAUUCAAACAAACGACACAUGAAUAAUCACGUGAAAUUUACAUACAGUUAGUGGUGUUACAUUCAACUCACAUGUGAAUGUAGGGCUUCAAGUGGUUUUAUUUUCACAUGUGAGUUUUUCACAUAGUUUAGACAUAGUUCAAAUUCACUUGUAUGGCAAAUAUUUUUUUUUUCAUGUGAUUACAUAUUACUCACAUAAUCACAUGUGAAGUUAUGUAGAUACAAUAGCGAGGAAUGUACAUCUGGAUCUCCCAACAUGCCCUGGGAGAUUAAGAGGUCAAGUAUUAUGAAGACUUUCUAAGGGCAACCUUAAAAACCCAAUCACUUUCUGAAUCCCCGUGCAUCGCCGCUCAACUGUAUUAAUUGCUAAUUGUUGACUCAGUUAUCUUUAAUUCUUGGGCCCAGGAGAAUGAGAUGUUAUUUGGAACCUC